CGUUUGCUCUGCGCAUGCGUGCUCGACGAUCUGCUUCUACUGAGGAAGUGGGUCAAAACAUCGAUCGAAACAUUUCAAAUAAUCGUAUUAUCUCAACUUAUAAAGAGUUGUUGGUCUGUAUGCUGAAUAAUAUACAAACUAGAGAAUCUGUCCUUGGCUAGCAUUAACCUAACUAGUAGCCGUGUGCUCGAAGGCGAUAGUUUCUAAGAAGUAUCGGUUCUCUAGCGUCGGUGCUGCUGUCCGAGCGUCACAUCUCCAGGUGAUCGGUACCAUGGGAGCUCACCGGGGAGACGGACGGCGGGACUGGCCUGAGGCCGACGUGCAGAACCCGUGGAACCUCAUGAUCAAACACCGCCAGGUCCAGCGCAGAGGGAGAAGAUCUCACAUGGUGGUUAGUUUCACAGACCCCGUGGUCUCCAUGGACCUGCUGAGGGCGGUGCUCCAGCCCAGCUUCAACGAUGACAUCAUGGCCGUCUUCAGGAAGUACCAGCAGUUCCUGGACAAGGCAGCGGAGAACGUGAAGGAGAACGUGGGGGAAGACGUCCAGACGGACCUCCUCAUCACAGACACCUGCAGGAACCUGCUGGAGCAGGCCAAGCAGAUGUUCCCUGAAGCAGAGACCAAGUUGGCCCGUCCUGGGGUGGAAGCCAGCAUGAAGAGAUCCAGACAGACUGACGACGACUCCACACACAGAGGGAGCCCUGUUCCUAAGAAGAGGAAAGGUCGCCCCAGUGCCCCGGCAGCAGCCUUUGACCGACCUUUGACCUACACUGCACCAUCUAAACCCAAAUCUUCAGAGCCAGUCAGAAGAGAAGGACCCAAGUGGGAUCCCAACAGACUCAAUGAAGGCAGCACAUUCGUCUUGGGUUCAAGAGCCAAUAAGGCGUUGGGAAUGGGAGGAACCAGAGGACGAAUCUACAUCAAACACUCUGCCCUGUUCAAGUAUGCUGCAGAUGCUCAGGAUAAACACUGGCUGGCAGAGAGACAACACAUGAGAGCUACUGGAGGGAAGAUGGUAAGAAAGAUGAUAAUCAUAACGCAUACCUGCUGAUCGAAGAGGACAUCCAGGACCUGUCUCGCAGCGACGACUAUAAGGAGUGUCCAGACUUGAGGAUGGAGGAGCUGAAGCCGUUCUCCGUUCCUAUCUGGAUGGUGGAGAAGAUGCAGCGAGCCAUGGAGGCCCAGCGCUCUGAGGCCCUCUGACAGCCAAUCAGAGGCUCCAAGGCCCUCUGACAGCCAAUCAGGGACUCAGGGGCCCUCUGACAGCCAAUCAGAUGCUCAGGGGGGCUGAAGAUGGGCGUAUCAUGUGGUUGUUUUUAAGGUUUUAUUGUUUACUUACCUUUCUAGUAUUAAAUACUUUUUUUAUCUAAAA